CCAGGUCUGCCUGGUCAUUGGCUAUUCGGGAAUGAGAUCCCCACUAAGCGAGCUUUUUUGAAGUACGAAGAAUGGACAAAGGAGUUUGGCCCGGUUUAUUCGCUGACUAGGUUUGGAAAGGUGUACAUCGUCGUUGGUCGAUAUGACGCCGCUAUGGAAAUAAUGGAGAAGGGUGGAUCACAGACGUCGGACAGACCAAGGUCUAUUGCCGGAUCUGAGACGUUUUCUGGAGGUCUAAGGUCGAUUAUGCUGAAUGAUACGCCGAGGUGGAGAAUCCUGUACAGGGCUUUUCAUUCACACUGGAAGACCGACAAGGCAGCGGCCUACGAGCCCCUACAGCUACAUCAUGCAAAGAAGCUGAUUCUCAAUAUCCUUGAUAAUCCGGUGGGACUUACAAUGCACGCAAAUACAUAUGCGGCAUCUGUGAUAUUUACCCUGACAUAUGGGAAAACGACACCGACGACUCUUGAUGAUCCCGAUUUGCAGGAUAUGGUUCGAGAUUCACGACGUUUUCGCAUGGUAAUUCUCCCUGGGGCUUACCUCGUAGAUACCAUUCCGAUUCUUCGAUGGGUUCCUGGGUAUCUUGCCGAGCUGAAGAGGUGGCAUCAGGAUUCGCUUGUGUUAAUCCGUCGGUGUUUAGGUAGGAUUCAAACGAGAAUGGACGCUGAGGAAGACGUCCCGGCUUGUUUUAGAAAAGAUCUCUUAAAUAAUAAGAAGAUGACCUUCGACCAGGCUGCAUAUUUUGCGGGGGCAAUGUUUGGUGCUGGAUCGAAUACGGUUCGAUUUCUUGCUCUUGUUUUGUUGGUUGCUACAGAAGUGUUUAGACUGCGGC